CUUCUCUCUCGUCCUUUACUGUACGAGCUAAAUGUUAUAAUCUAUAAAUUGUCUUCUAAGCCUGUUGGUUCCUGUUGUUAUCAGCAGAGCACGUUCCGUUGUCUUUACGUAAGGCUGCGAUGUGAUCAAAAUCGGAGAUGCCCUCUGUGGACUCACUUCAUUGAUGGCUGUGAGCCUCCAUCCUAAAGGCCUUACUUGUUACUGGAGCUUCUUCCUCAUAUGACAAUGGUACGGUGAAAUACAGUUUUGGCUCACGGAGGAGUUAUUUCAGCGAUUAGGUCGAGGCUGUGUUUGAAAAAAUGAAGAUUUGGAGCACGGAGCAUGUUUUCAGUUACCCAUGGGAGACGGUGAUCAAAGCCGCCAUGAGGAAGUACCCGAACCCUAUGAACCCUAACGUGGUUGGCGUGGACGUGCUGGAGCGCAGUCUGGAUGAAGAGGGACGCCUGCACAGCCACAGACUUCUUAGCACAGAGUGGGGCCUACCAGGAAUCGUACGAGCGAUUUUGGGAACCAGUCAGACGCAGACGUACGUAAAGGAGCACUCCAUAGUGGACCCAGAGGAGAAAAAGAUGGAGCUGUGCUCAACAAAUAUCACUCUCACAAACCUGAUCUCAGUAGACGAGAGGCUUCUUUACAGACCACACCCGGACAACCCUGACGUCACUGUCCUGACCCAGGAGGCCAUCAUUACUGUAAAGGGAGUGAGUCUAAGCAGUUACCUCGAGGGAAUGAUGGCGAGGAGAAUGUCAGCCAAUGCCAGGAAGGGCUGGGAUGCUAUUGAGUGGAUUAUUCAGAACUCUGAAAGAGAAAAUCCUCUCUGUGACAUUUACUAACUCUGGACUGAAGAUUUACAGGAGUGACCACUCUCCUGACUACACCUCAUAAACCAGCGGGGGAGUUCUUGGCAUUCCAGGAUCCUCUGCUGUUGGUUGUUUUACCGUCUGAGAGGUUUUGGUUGGGCUCCACCCUGCUCCGCCUCUCUCACCUCUGGAGUCCAUGCACUGCAAGCUCAGAGACAAUGUGUGCUGCUGCCAAAGCUGAAUGGAUCUAUUAGAGAUGGAUUUAAGGGCAGUAGGUGAGGCUGAAUGCUAACUCAGUAGCCUAGAAAUAACAUUUGACCUUUAAAUGAGUCAUAAGUAAGGAGAGAUUCUGUUUGUUGAAAUGUGACUAAUGCCGAAGGCUCUAAAGGACUUUCACACAUUUGCGAGACUCUAGUGGUCUGAUUCUAACAUUACUGCCUCAUGUUUCCUUUGCUCUCAUUGCAUAUCUCAGCAUACUUUUGAAGGGAUAAAUAGGAGGGAUGAAGGACUUAAACGCACAUUAUUUUACGAAAAACAAUGUUCUGUAUAACAACAAUAUGCAACAGAUUUUAUAACUUUAUGUGAGUCUUCUGACAGUGUCCUACACUGGCGGCUCCUGCAGCAGGAGCUCAUUUAAAAAGUUGCUUCUGGUGCUUUUAUGUUUCAAGAGGCACAAACUGUAGAUGCUAUGUUUGCAUGAUAGUAGUAAAAAAACCUCAGAUGGGUAGGAGGGGAUAUUCAAUUUUAUGGAUGUGUCCCACAUCAAUCACUGUUCACUAUGUAGUCCACUUCAUGUUGAGUUUGCCAAUUUGUUGUGCAGCUGUUGAUUAGGAGUUGCGAUUAGAGAAGCACAGAUGCAUAGGUUUAGCACCAGCGGUAUCUUGCUGUUUUCCACCCUUUUGAUCAGAUCAUCAGAAAAUAAUUUGAGCAGUGGCAGGUGGAUAUCUGUUGCAUCAUAUCAAUUUUAACAGCUCAUUCAGGGUAGAGAUUUAUUAAUGAGAAGAGAUGAGCUGUUGGACAAACUCUGAUAUGUUUCAUGGUCAAACAUGAGAGAAAGUGUUGGUAUUGUGGGAGGGUUACACCAAAAGAAGUACUGAAAAAUAAUAGGGAUGCACGAUAUUAUCAGCAUGAUAUCGAUAUCAGCAGAUAUAAAAGUUUCUGCAGAUAUUUAUAAUAGAUAUUUUGGCUGUAAAAAUCUGCUUAUAGGUUCUCUGCAGAUGACACCAUACAGCAGCAGAGAACUUUCAUUGGGGAGCCAAGAUUUCUACAUAGAGAAGCUCUACUAAAAAGCCAUUUUUUGAGCUGUUAACGACUAUUCUAAGUGUUCAAAGUGUGAAAAUAUAAACAUUCUUAAUUCUUAAGCUACUGUUGUAUCCUGAAAGUAGUGAAAUAUUCAGGCAAAAACAAACAAACAAAUAAAGUCACAGAGAAACAGCAGCAGGCAGGAGUAAAAAAAAUUAAACUCCAUCUAAAGCCUGGACGUGUAUGGUCCAUUUCCACAAAGGCAGAUGAUGCUAGGAGGUCUUUAGGACUGUUUUUUUAGUGAUAUUGAUCACCUCCACAUCAGGUAAAUCUGUUAAACUAUGGCAAAAAUCACUGUUUUGUUAAGUGUAGGAAUCAUACUUAAUGUAUAUAAAUGCUCUGUUGAUAAAAGUAGUGUAGAAGACCAUUAAGAGCUUUAAAGUUCUAACUUUCCUCUGUUCCCAUUCUUUCCUGGGCUGCCCCCCACUUCCUGACCCCCAACAGACAUUCCUGACCACGUGAUUGCAAACAACCCAUAUCAGCUGUAAAUAUUGGUCGAACAACAAAUAAUGGUUCUCUGCCAGAAAACGGUGGAUGCUCUCUCCAGGUGGGGAGUGGGUCUCUGCCUCAGGUGAAGGAGUUCAAGUAUUCUGCGGUCUUGUUCAUGAGAGAGGGUAAAAGGGAGCAUGAGAUUGACAGGUGGAUUGGUGCGGCAUGAGCGGUACUACGGGCGGUGUGCCCCAUUGUUGUAGUGAGGAGAGAGCUGAGCCAAAAGGCAAAGCUCUCCAUUUACCGUUCGAUCUACCUCCCAACCCUCACCUAUGGUCAUGAACUCUGGGCAAUGACAGACAGAAUGAGAUUGCGGAUACAAGCGAGGAGAGGGAUGUCUAGGUUGACUUGCCUGCUACCACCGCAGCCCAGCCCAGGAUAAACAGGAGAAAAAGGAUAGAUGGACAAACAAAUAAGUUUGUACAUAUUAGGCUGAACCAAUAGACCUACCUCAGCUAAAGUUUUUGUCUUUAUUCAUUUCUUAGACUUUAAAGUGUGUUUAAAGUAGUGAAGUGUUAGGUCUGAGCUACAUUUAAAUAUCUGUAUCGGUAUUGGUAUCAGCUAAAAAUAAUUUGUAAAUGUUGGCAUAUCAGAUAUCAGCAAAAAUACUUUAUCGUGCAUCCCUAAAAAACAUAAUAUUGGCAAUGGAAUAAACCAUCAUCUAAAUUGUUAUUUAAAACAUUGAUAAUGGCAUCAGCCCUGACUUUUACAAUUAGUGUAUCUGUAGUUAUAAUACUCUUUAUAGUAGACUAAUAGUGUCCCAUAAUGCACCAUGACAAGUAGUGUACAACCAAAAAUCUGCAGGUCUAUGAGUGUCCACUUGAGGCUAGUUACAGAAGCCUCUGAAGUCACAUACAAACCCAUUCAAAAAUACCUGUUUUUAACAGCAAAAUAAACAUGUUUACAGCCUCAAGACACAGAUUUGGUGGACAUAACUAGUCUUUAUUUGCACACCCUCUUCAGGGGUUGAUUAUUUCAUUUACAACUCAUCUGUUUUGAAUUUUCUAAAGGAUAAGAAUAUUCUUAUCAGGGCAUGUGGCUGACCUGACCUCAGCGCCUGCUUUUUGCUUGUAGUUAGGUUAAGUCCACUUUUUCAGUAUGGCCACUAGCAUCAUUAGGCUUCAAAAGUCCCCUUAAAUAACUAAAUACCACAAAGGGCACACUCACUACGACCAGUUUUUCUGCACCAUGCUGAAGCACACCUGUCCUCCUUUUCCCCAGCUCCUCUGCUAGCCUUCAUUCAUAUUUCUCUAAGCCCGACCAGGCCUGAGCACGGACACAUCAUCAUGUUGUAAUGUGGUACAGGCACUUUACAAGAUGCAUGCGCUCACAGAGUCAGCACAAUAUACAGACAACAUGACGAUACCUUCACUCACUUUGCAGCAUAUUUUGAGUAAUUUUGGUCAGAUACACUCUCAAACACUAAGUAAAUACAUUACUGUUGCAUGCACUCGAAAAAGAAAUUUGUUGAACUACUUUGAAAAAUUGUUCCAAUUUCUAACAAGUAAAUGAAUUAAGUUCAUUCAACCCAAUUUAACAAGUUGCAAGAAGGUAACUAGAGUUCCAACUUAAAGUUAAAUAAACUUGAUUUAAUUGCUUGUUAUACCAAUUGAAGCAAUUUUUAGUAGGUCAAUAAUUUUCUUUCUGUAGUGUGAGCAAUUGUACCGUUUUUAAGCCCACGUCUUCCACCCAAGACUGCCCAUAAGGGGGGAAAAAGGGAGAAGCUUUCUGAGGCCAAAUUUGGGGCACAAAUCAUUGUCCAUGAUAAAGUUAAGCUGUGAUAACCAAAUUUUAUUUUUAACCUGAAUAAUAACCACUCUUAUCAAAGCAAGAAAAAUGAAUUUUAUUUAUGCUGUAGUACAAAUAAAGCCCUUUUCAAAAUAUAAAAAACAUUUUUUAACAGAAUUACCUCUUUGUUGGUGAUGAAAUUUAAAAGUGCUAUAACAGUGGCGAAACAGGAUAAAAGUGGUGAAAAUCUGUGUUAAGUGACAAAACAGUGGCAAAUAUGGGCAUGAAGUUGCAAGAAAGGGUUAAAAGAGGCAAAAAAAAUAUGGCACUAAAGGGCUACAUACAGCAAAAAUAGGUAAAAAGUGCCAAAAAGAAGUAGCAAAAACUGUCAGAAAAAGGUUAAAUCAUUGCACAAAUAAACAUUUCCAACAUCAGAACCCAGUCAUAGUUUGACACACUUUUCACGUCCAAAAUGAGGCAAGUGUUGUCAAGGAUGCUAGCACCAAUGCUAAAGAUCCAAAACGCAUGUAUUGACAUCAUCAAUGAAUCAUAAAUGGGGAAAGCCCAAUCUCUUGGUUUUUCAGGGGCCCAGCCAACUUGGUGGGCAGCCCUGCUUCCGACUGUGCAAAGGAAGUGUACCGUUCCUGAGCAUGGUAUGGACCACUCACAGUGGUCAAGAAAACUGGAAUUUAGAGCUCAAGUGGUAUAGAUUACCUAAAAUGAGUGUGCCCUAAAACUUUGUCUAUUCACUAUCUGAUUACAACCCAAACACUAUCUAUUAGUCUUAGAUACAGAAGAUAGUAAACAGUCACAAUCAAGUAGCCAUCACAACAUACUACUACAAGUAUUGAUAUAUAAACAGAAAGAAGUCAAAAUAAUAGAAUGAGCUUCAUGGUAAAAUAAAGAAUGUAAAUGUACCAGAGAGAGCAAAAUUACCUCUUUAAAUCUCUAGUCUAUUUAUGCGUAGAGCAUGAAUAGACACAUUACGGUGUCACAUAGUGAGACAAAAACAAGGUAAAGGUAUAGAAAUAGGAAAAAAGCAUUGCACUAUAUUAAAAAAUACAGACAUUUUUUGCUCUCUUAGCAUCUGAGUAGGAUGUAGUGAAUAAUGAUUGAUAUCAGACAUAGCCAAUGAGUAGUGUGGUCGCUGGCCAGCAAUGUGUUCAGCUUUAAAAUUUCAAAUCCAGCUCUAGGUAGAUAAAAAUUCAAAGAAUUUAUGUUUAUAUCAGACAAAAAAGAUGGGAAUGUACCUUUAACAUUGCCUUCUUUUUCUGUUGUCAAGGCAACAAUACAUGGGGAUCUUUUUGAUGGAAAUGAGAGUUAAUACUCUCCCAGUCAUAGCCACUUUGAUAAGGAGGAUGAGGAUGGAAAAAGCCCCUUUUGAGAACAGAUGGAAGAGAUGCUUUGGUAUUAUUGCUUUGACAGCUGUAUCAUUCAUGCCUAUGCCAGUCACACUCACGCUUUCAAACGUUGAAUUUUUCUGUAAAGCUACCUAAACACUGUUUGUACUGUAUGUGCCAGGCUGAAGUGGGAGAUGCACACAAUUACCAUGACAUGUUUCUUUGUGACAUUAAUAUUUACAUACAUUUGUAUGAAUUUAUUUAUUAAUGAACAUUGUGUAACCAGCAGUGAAUUGUUUCAUUGUUUAUGUUGUCUUGAGUGUCAUGCAGAAAUUCAUUGCCUUUCUAAUUUAUGUUUGUACUUCAAC